AUGAUGGCUAAGAAGCCCCCGAAACCAGCCCCUCGCAGGAUCUUCCAAGAAAGGUCAAAGAUUACUGCUCUACCCUUGUACUUUGAAGGUUUUUUAUUAAUCAAACGGUCAGAAUACCAGGACUAUAAACAUUAUUGGACGGAGUUGAGAGGAACUACACUCUUCUUUUAUACUGACAAAAAAAGUACAACAUUUGUUGACAAGUUAGACAUAAUAGACCUCACAUGCCUUACUGACCAGAAUUCAACUGAAAAGAAUCGUGUAAAAUUCACCCUUGUUUUGCCAAAAGAGGAAGUGCAAUUGAAGACCGAGAACACAGAAAGUGGGGAAGAAUGGAGGGGCUUCAUUCUCACCGUAACUGAGCUGUCAGUUCCCCUGCAUGUGUCACUCCUUCCUGGGCAAGUAAUUAGACUGCAUGAAGUCCUAGAAAGAGAAAAGAAAAGGAGGAUUGAGACAGAGAGGACAUCAAGUUCAUCUCCGGAAAAAGGGAAGGAACCAUCUGAAGAUUAUGUGGAUGUAUUGAACCCAAUGCCAGCAUGUUUUUAUACAGUGUCCCGGAAAGAAGCAACUGAGAUGCUUGAGAAGAACCCUUCCUUGGGAAAUAUGAUCCUGAGACCUGGUAGUGACAGCAGAAACUAUUCCAUCACCAUCCGGCAGGAGAUAGACAUGCCAAGAAUCAAGCACUACAAAGUGACGAGUGUAGGGAAAAACUACACUAUUGAAUUGGAAAAACCUGUAACACUCCCGAAUCUUUUCAGCGUCACUGAUUAUUUCGUGAAGGAGACUCGAGGAAAUUUACGACCAUUUAUAUAUUCAACUGAUAAAACCCUUGAGACAAAAGGAUUUCCUGUAACGUCUUUAAAAUAAUUAAAAAACAAACAACAAAAAAAAACAGGGGUGGGGGAAUCCAAUAUAAUUUGCCUCCUCCAUGAAUGCUAUUGUGUCAGUUAUAUAAUGCUGUGUAACAAACCUCCCCUAAAACAUGGUGGUUAAAUCAACAACCAUUUUAUUUGCUCACGACAGUGCACAUCAGCCAUUUGGACUGGAUUCAGUUGGACAUUUCUUCUGUUAGUCUCACUUGGUGUCAUUUACAGGACUGUAACCAGCUGGUAGCUUGGCUGGAGCUGGAUGGUCCAAGUUGGCCUCAUUUACACAUCUGGUGCUGGUGGUCAUCCAGGGCUGGCUGAACCACUCUCUUCACGUGGUCUCUAAUCCUGGAGGAGGUUAGCCCAUGUUCUCUCACAUGAGAACUCGGAGUAGUUAAGAAGGGAAGGGUAGCUGCAUGUCCGUGGGCUAGGAAUUCUUAGUGUUGAGAAUAUAGUAUGGUCCUCUUAGAGCUUUUAAUAUGCGAGAAGCUGUGAACUGAAUAAAUAAUUCCA